ACUUAUAUAUUGUACGUUUUAGAGCCUUUACCUCCAAGACCCUCUGGUGGUCCUGCUGCUGCAAUCGACAUAAACAUCACUUCUCUUUUAAGUGGAGAUAGCUCAGAACAAACUACUGGAGACGGAGAUCUCGACUCAAAUGAAACAAACAAAGACUUCAAUCAUUCGAAAAAGAAAAACCUAUUUGAUAAAACUACAAAACAAGUUAAAUCAAGUACUAACCUAAUGAAAUUUUCUACCAUUUGCCAGUCUCUUAAAAAUAAAUCCUUCGGACGUCAAACAACUGCUCAAAUGGUAACUCAAGAGAAAGAUCUUAUUAAAUUUUCAUCUGGAAUACCAACCGAGGAACUACCUGCUCUGAGUGCAUUAAUGAGCAAACAGAAUGAUAAAAGUUCCAAUGAAACAUACGCAGAAAAAGCUACAGAGUCCACAGAAGUAUCUGGUACAUCUCAAGCAAAAUCACAAUCUCACCAAAGCUGGUUCCCCACAAAUGGUCCUCAUAUGGCACCACCCCCUAUUGACAUAUAUAGUGUUGUUGACAGUAAGAUCCUCGAGGACACUAACUUGAUACGAUUCGAAUAUAGUCAAUUAGAAGUUAUUACUAACUAUUUCCCAGAGUCAAAAAGUGAAGGACCUUCUGGUCCAUGUGGAAAAAUAGGAAAGGGUGGUUUUGGCGAAGUGUUUGUUGGAUCGCACCCAACGCAUGGUUUACUUGCAGUGAAAAAAGUGCGCUGUUAUCUUCAAUUUGAUUGUGAACCCAAAGUAGCUAUAAAAGUAUUUAAUGCUGAAGUGAAAUCAUUGUCACAAUUACGUCAUGAUAAUAUAGUGCCUAUUUUGGGUUAUUCUGUUGAUGGGCCAACUCCAUGCAUAGUUUGUAAAUAUAUUGAAGGAGGUUCACUAGAACAGAAGUUAGCUCAGAAGGUACUUACUGAAACUGAAAGAAUGGGCAUUAUGAUUGGCACUGCUGAGGGCCUGAAAUACAUCCAUAACACCAUUAAACCAGUAAUAAUGGACAGUGCAGAAAGCCAACCAACAAACUUAAUGAAGACUUACUUUAUUCAUGGAGAUGUUAAAAGUGCAAAUAUUUUGUUGACUACAGAUUGUGUCCCUAAGUUGUGUGAUUUUGGAUUGGCGAAGCAACUAGAAUCGACGUACAUUGUCAGUUCUAUGAUGGGCACGUCCGCCUACAUGCCGCCCGAAGGAUUCACUGGUACCAUUACACGUAAAACGGAUAUAUUCAGCUUUGGCAUAGUUAUCCUAGAAUUACUUACCGGAUUAAGACCUAUUGUGACGAGUAGUAAUGGCAAUAUAAAUAUUAACUAUGUUGAAGAGAGUUGCAAGGAUAAUGAAAUUGAUAAUCUGUUAGACCCAGUCGUGGAUAACUGGACCAAAGCACAAAAAGUGUUUACUCUAGCAAAGCGCUGUUUGGAAAUGGAUCGAAAUCUUCGUCCAUCCAUGGACGAAGUUUGCGCUAUGUUAAACAGAAUCAACUAUCACGAAUCAUAUGAACUUUUUUAUGCUCGCGUUUAAACACUUGUUAUAAAAUCUAUAUUUUCACUAAUAAAUAUUGUACAUACAUAUGUAUUAGUUAUCUAAUACUUUGAAUAUCAUGUAAUAUUUAACGUAACAUCACAAGACAAAAAGAUCACAAAAUACAUAGUACAUACAAUGUUUAUAAGUUAGGCCCAAUAGGUUGUCUCUUUAUCAAUAAUCAUAAUGAUAGCUAUAAGUAUGAUGAUAAUUUUAUGUCAAUUAUAAUUAUUAGUUAAACGGACAAUAAUCAAUACAAUUAGGUGCUUACAUAAUUGUUAAUGUAUUAAAAAAUUUAUACAUAAUUUGUUACCACCAUUUACAAACUAUUAUUAUAAUUAACUGAAAUAAGUUUUACAAUAAAUUUAAAUUUUAUUU